AUCCCGUAUAAAAUUCUGAAGGGGCACAGCCACAUGGUGAGUUCCUGCCACUUCUGCUCGAACGACACGAGGCUCCUCAGCGCCUCCUAUGACUGCUCCGUGAAGCUGCCCGGACAGGUCUGUAUGGCAGCGUUGCUAGAGAAGAGAGAGCAGGUGGUAUUGGACGUCAAAGUCUUGGAUGAAGAUGACUGGGGGCUGGGGGCCACAUGGGAGGACGCUCCGUUCUGGGUGGUCGAGCAUGACGUCACUGCAGAGGACAGAGUGCUGGUGGCGUCAUCCUAUGAUAAGAUUGUGAGGGCUUGGGAUGUCGAGACGGGAAAGCUUCUGUGGAAAGUCAGGUAUGACACCUUCGUCGUGUGCUGCAAAUUCUCCCCCGACGGAAAGUACGUGCUCUCUGCCUUGGACGUGGAUCGCGGGAUCUGCUUAAUGGAUCCAGACAACAUCACCAACGUGAUCCAGGUCAAAGGCGGCGCUCUCGGGUGUCCUGGGAUGGUGUGCCAGCAUGCACCCCACCUCUGUUUCAGGGCCCACGACAAUACGAUCUCAGACUGCUGUUUCAACUUCAGCGGCCACUUUCUGUGCACCUGCUCGUGGGAUAAAAAUAUAAAAGUGUGGAACGUCCACACGGGGGAGUUCCGAAAUCAAGGAGCCUGUGUGACCCUGAUGAAGGGCCACGAGGGCUGUGUAAGUUCCUGCUGCAUCACCAGAGACAGCUCUUGUCUCAUUUCUGGUGGAUUUGACAACAGUGUGGCUAUUUGGGAUGUAGGAGAUGGCUACCGGAAGUUGUCAUUGAAGGGCCAUGAUGACUGGGUGAUGGAUGUUGCCGUUAGCGACAACAAGAAAUGGAUCCUCUCUGCUUCAAAGGACAACUCCCUGAGACUCUGGAAUAUUCAAGAGGUCGACAAAAUCCCUCUGGUAACCGAGAACAAAAGGACUAUGGGCUGCAAAGUCCAGCAGUGCAAACGCUGCGAGCAGCUUUUCCCCGCCUUUGACACGGACAACCUUUCUAAACUGCCGAGCCGGUGCUCGUUCUGUCGGGUAGAGGAUAAGAAAGUAGGGUUGGCUUCUUCUUCGUCAUCAAAGUCCAGCUUUGACUCCCUGCCCAGCUGA